AACCAGACAAAAGCUAUUACGCUCUAUAUAUACCCCGCUCCACUCCCUCCCAAUUUCCUCCCCGCUGUUCUAUUCUCUUCUUUUCAAUUCAACAGCGACUUCUCAUUUUGUCCUCUGUCAUUCAUCUCGGCCUUUAUUUAUUUAGUUUAUUAAUUAUUACUGUAUUAUUAUAGCACUGCCACAGGACCAGAAUGGAACAGCCCAAAUUCGUGAUCGAAGCCACAGAUGCAGAGUCAAUGGCCCAAUCACUGGGCCUCCCCUCCGUCCGCCAUCUCCUCCCGGCGUUGGUGCAACCGGCCCAGUCCCUCGCCAGGCCAGCGAUCUCCAACUUCCACGUCGCCGCCGUGGGACUCGGUUCCGAUGGCCGCGUCUUCGUCGGGGUCAACCUCGAGUUCCCAGGCCUCCCUCUGAACCAAUCCGUCCACGCCGAGCAGUUCCUCGUCACCAACCUACUAUCCCACCGCUGUCCGCGCCUCAUCGCUUUCGCCGUCUCCGCCGCGCCCUGCGGCCACUGCCGCCAAUUCUUCCAAGAGCUACGCCACGCCUCCUCCCUCCAACUACUCAUCACCUCCCAACCUGAAAACUCCGGCGAUGUCAAUUUCAAGCCCUUAUCUCAAUUCAUCCCCAACCAUUUCGGCCCGGAUGAUCUCCUCGGCGACGAAACACCGCUCCUUUUGGAUCCUCGCCACAACGGCUUAACCCUAACCCUCACCGGUGAGAGCCUAAACGGAUUCUCCGAGAGAGAUCGUGAUUCGAAUUCCGAAGCGGAUCAACAGAACCUAAACGACGGAAAUUCGAACAAUUCAUUACACGAUGCAACCGUUUUGGAGACGGCAGCUUUGGAGGCGGCGAAUGAAUCGCACGCGCCUUACACACAAUGCCCAUCAGGGACGGCAUUGAUGGAUUGCGAAGGAAAGGUGUACAGGGGUUCUUACACCGAAUCCGCGGCGUAUAAUCCGAGUCUGGGGCCGAUUCAGGCAGCACUGGUAGCGUUUGUGGCCGGCGGUGGAGGCGGAUAUGAGAGGAUUGUGGCGGCGGUUCUGGUGGAAAAGAGAGAUGCACAGAUCAAACAAGAAGAUAGUGCUAAGCUCAUGUUAAAGGUGGUUUCCCCAAAGUGCGAAUUUAAGGUGGUCCACGUCUCUUCUGAUGCAAAUCUGUUUAAAAAAGCUUCAUCUUAAUUUCGCAUUCUACAAUUGCAAAAACUUAUCAGAAUUAAUUAAUUAAUACUCCAUAAUGAUACCCAGAAUAAAAUAUGCCCACACUGCACUUACAAUAGUAUAUUAUGUACAAUGUCUGGUUCUAUAUGUCAAUUUUUUUAAAACAUGUUAUGUGUAGAAUAAUAGUUUUAAUUGUAUUUGUACAAUAAAUUUGUACAUUAAGUUUAUU